AUGCCGCCCCCAGCAGCCACCGACUGUGUGCUGUCUACUUCCUCAUUCAGGUACGCCUGCUCCCCUCACUGCGCAUCCCAGUCCUCCCUGCCCACGGGCUCCGCAUGCGGACCCCAGGACCCAAUCUCAACCCAGUGGCCAGUGGCCAGAAGGGGCGUGGUCUCUGUGGUAGUGGGCAUUGUCUCUGCUGCAGGGGGCAUGAUGUCUGAAAGCAUCUCUAAGGAAGGAUAUAGAAACCACACCUCCGUGGCCAUGUUUGUCCUCUUGGGACUCACAAGUGAAAAAGAUCUACAGCUCAUUCUCUUUCCUGUCUUCCUAGUGAUCUACCUGGUGACCCUAAUUUCAAACCUGGGUCUGAUCAUUCUAAUCAGAAUGGACUCUCACCUGCACACACCUAUGUACUUUUUUCUCAGUUGCCUGUCAUUCAUAGAUAUCUGCUAUUCGACUUCCAUUAGCCCAAGGAUGCUUUCAGAUUUAUUUAAGGAUAGAAAGACGAUUUCCUUUGUUUCAUGUGCUACUCAGUAUUCUGUGUUUGCUUGGAUGGGUAUUUCUGAGUGCUGCAUCUUAGCCAUCAUGGCCUAUGACAGAUAUGUGGCCAUUGGUAACCCUCUGCAGUACUCAGCCAUUAUGAACCCUAACCUCUGUUGCAAAAUGGUUACUGCAGCCCUUGGAAGUGGUUUUAUUGGUAGUUUAGUUGAAACUGUGCCUUGCAUCAAUCUUUAUUACUGUGGUCCAAAUGUCAUUCGACAUUUCUUCUGUGAAUUACCCCAGAUUGUUUCCUUGGCUUGCUCCAAUACCUUUGUUUGCCAAAUCAUUAUUUUUCUGGUAGCUCUGUUGUUUGCGUUUGGUUCUAUGCUCUUUAUCCUUUUAUCCUAUGCUUUUAUUGUAGCUUCCAUCCUGAAAAUAUCCUCUGCUAAAGGCAGUCUCAAGGCCUUCAAUACCUGUGCCUCCCACCUGGCUGUUGUCACCCUCUUCUAUGGCACAUGCCUCUCUGUGUACAUGAGUCCUAAUUCUAAUCAUUCCAAGAAUCGGGACAAGGUUCUGUCAGUGUUCUAUGUUAAUGUUAUUCCCAUGUUGAAUCCUCUUAUCUAUAGUCUGAGGAACAAGGAGAUCAAAGAGGCUCUUAAAAAGGUACGCCUGCUCCCCUCACUGCGCAUCCCAGUCCUCCCUGCCCACGGGCUCUACAUGCGGACCCCAGGACCCAAUCUCAACACGGUGGCCAGUGGCCAGAAGGGCGUGGUCUCUGUGGUAGUGGGCAUUGUCUCUGCUGCAGGGGGCGUGGUCUCGGGGGGCGCCUCAGUUAUUUUCCCCUGUUUUAGUAUACUUGACAGAUAUCUUAAUCCCAUUACCUAA